AUGGGCGAGGAAUUGGUGUUGAAAAAGGCGCGAAGUCUGUCGUCAUUGGGGGGUCAGAACAAGGCACGACGACUGGGGUUGGUGGGGAGGGUGCUAUCGAUGGUGAGAAAGCUGCUGAAGGGACACGACGAGGUUGUUUAUGUGGAUACUAGUUUGGAGGAGGAGGAGCAGCAUCAAAGAGAGGGUCCAGGCCUGGGCCUGGGGCCUGGCCGGGGGCCUGGACUGGGGUUUGUUCUGAGCCUGGGGCCUGGCCUGGGGCCUGGAGGAGAAGAUGAUGAUGUAGAUGAUGAAGAUGGACUGCUGGAUGAAGAAUUCAAAGAAUUGCAACAAAAGGCUCAAGUAUUCCGAACCCAACAAGAACGAGAGCUUCAUGUAAGAGAGUUGGAAUUAAGAGAACAACAAUUAAAAGAACAACUCAAGGAGUUGGAAUUGAAAGAGAUGCAUCUCAAGGGACAACAAUUACAAGGACAACUUAAAGAGUUGCAGAUCAAGGAAUUGAAGUUCAAAGAGAAGCAAUUACAAGAGUUGCAACUACAAGAACAACAGGAGAAACAGAGAAGGUAUAGACAACGACAGUCAGAAUUAAUGAUGUCAGUACCCACAGUACCCACAGUACCCACAGUACCGACAGUUACUUCAAUUCCAACUGGUCUGACUGGAUCACUUCCUCUAUAUAAAAAUAAAGAACUCCCACCAAUUGUGGCCGAACUGGGGCUACCUGAACCAUUGGACCUUCUGAAAUUGAAGGACUAUUCAAACACCUCUGGAAGUUCAGACGAUCCGUUACCGUCUCCACAUCUUGACGAUGAUGAGCCGUAUGACGAGACGCCGCCCACUGGGACCAUAUUGGACGACAUCACAGAGUCCAAGGAGACAUCAUUUACCAAUAUGCCCUCCAAUGAACUGACCGAAACACUUCAUACGGCGGCAUCGAACGGGAUCGAGUUGUAUCAUACAUCCAGCCGGAUUCUGGAUGAUGAACACGAUAGCCGAGACGGGAACGCUGACGGUAGUGCUGGCGCUGGUACGUCUAUGCGUAAGAAUAGUCAAUACUCCAAAUAUUCCAAGACAUCGCAACAUUCAGAUUCAACCACCAUCACCAAUUUUUCCACCUCACCAACUCUCAGGAAGCUGUCACCACCCACGGCGUCCAGAUCGAAAAAGAAACAGAACCGCAACAUCCCGGUGUAUGCUAGCAACACCACGUCGGCGGACACCGCGACGCUACUGGGCAAGAAGUUUGUCAAGAUCAAGAUCUACAGCAAGAUGCGCGACGAGGUUGUUGCCAUCAAGGUUGCCAAGGACAAGAUACCGACUAUAGACGAGUUGGUGGACACUGUGCUUAAAAAGGCGCUUGCCCAGACAAAGGUUGAUCCCGGGACCGUGAAGCUUUCGAUAGUAAGUAAGAAUACCAGACAGAAUGCUGUACAACUCACACCCGCUAAUGGAACCCGACUAAAUGCCGGUGUCAUUAUGGAUUACGUGUACAGCAAGGAUAAGAUAUACAUCCAAGCAGAAAUAUAA